AUGUCACUUAAUGAAAAUGAAGUAUAUGAAAUACAAGUAUAUACAAGAAAAUAUCAAAUAGGGACGUGUUUUACCUGUCAAAAGUGUUUAUACUGUGAAAAAGACCUUACAUUUGAAAAUUGUCAUUGUAAUAAGUAUGAAAAACCAACUAAAAAUAACCGAACAGCCAAAGUACGUGGCUAUAGAGGAUUAACCUUUAGUAAUGAAUAUUUUUUGGCAUAUAAGGGUAGUUCAGAAGUUGGAGCAGGAACACUUUUAGAUAAUGAAAUUACUUUUGAAGAAUUUCUAAAAGAUUAUAAACGUUACAUCUCUAAUAAUAAAAAAGUGAUGAUAAUUGUAACUAUGAAGGAUAAGAAAAAAGAUAAGAAAAAACGAGAAUAUAAAGAUGAUAAUUUGGAAUUAGAAGUGACAAGCGAAGAAACAGAAGAAGAAGCACCAAAAUCUAAAUCAGUUAAAACUAAAAAAAAAGGUACAGCAAUGAAUAGAGUUCUGAAAGAAAGUAAACUUGAUGAAAAGGAGAAAAUAAUCGGUGAAAUUAUGAUGCAAUUAAAAGAUAAAUAUGUUUGUAACCAUUAUAAUCACAAACAUUGUUUUGUAAAAGAUGGUCGUCAUUUAUUUUUAUCAAAUAUAUCAUUUUCGAUGUGGGCUCAAGAUAUUAUUUGUACCUAUUUUGGGGCACAGCUAAAGCGGCUGACAGCACAUAGUGGGAAAAUAUUUACCCACAGUGGCCCAGCUGUCACAACAGUGUCACUGUGGCGUGGCAGGCCGGUCCUUCACAGCUGUGUGGCUUGUGCAAGCACUCGCUACACCUACAAAGGAUCUCCAUGGCUCAACAUUAUGCCAGCUGGGCACCACGCGUAA